AUGUGCCAAAAGUGUGGCUCGUACCGCCACGAAGCCACAGAGUGCACAUGGGCCCCUUACUGCAUCCAAUGCAAGGUGGAAGGCCACACAGCUACACAAAACACCUGCCCCACCAAACAAACACACAUACUCAAAUUAAACAAACACAUCACCAAAGACCACCUUCCCAAACCUGCAGCCAUCAUCCACAGCAUCAUUCCUGACUACUUUGACCUAAACACAUCAUCAGACUCCAUGGACAGUUCCCUAUCCCAAUCCCAACCCCCUCCCCCUCCCCCCCCCCCACCAGCCCAACCCAAAACUAAACGUAAACAACUCUUCUCUACCCCCGCCCCGGCCCACCCCCCCCUGCUGGCCCCUCCACCACCCUCCCCCUUCCAACUGGCCCCCUCCACCCCCACCCCCUUCCUCCCCCCCCCUAGGCCAAGCACGUACCUUCCACCACCCAGGGCCCUGCUACCCACGCCUAUCCCUUUCAAUCCCCCACCCACCUCCCAUCCCACCCCAACCCAUUCCACCCCCACCCCCCUCCUAACAAAUCCCACCCCUCCACUCUCUUUCCCCCCCCCUUCCCAAACCUCCCUCCCCCAAGCCCAAGCCCCACCCCCAGCAAAGUCAGCCAUCCCUGUCCCCUCAAACAAUCAAACCAAAAAUAGACAAAUCAACUACAAAAUAAACACCACAAGAAAACAGCUACUUAACCACAAACUCCAACUUCUCAAAACAACACCCAUACCAGCAGUCACACCCAAAAAACUUCAUCACAACACAAACAAACUGAUCGAAUUCCUGUCUGCAGCUAUCCUUCUAAAAAACCCCAACCUUAAGAAACUCCACUCCCUGGCCCUCCUUACCACUGUUUACCAAAAAUCCUUCCAAAACUUCCAAUCAGCUGUCAGAGCGCUUAAAUAA